GGGGCGUGGUUUGACAGAGCAUGGAGUGAGACGUGUUUUGCGGAGCGGAGCGGAAUAAUUGCCUUAAAGUAUAGUUCUUGGCACGAUUGAGGAGUAAAUUCUAGCCUGGACUUUGUUUAAAGUUGCGGUGACACGAAAUAAAUACUUAAAAUGUCUGGAAAACCAUCGAGAGGAAAGCAGACAACUCUUUUACAGGUGAGGCCCGCCACACCGACCCAGCCUGCAGCCCCCACUAGCAAAGACUCCGCAGGUGAGGAGGAACUAGUGGCGGCUAGCUUAGCGGCCCACACCGAAGUUAUUAAGCAGGAUAUUCUGUCAUCCCUUCGGAAAGACCUGGUGGAUACUCUUAAAACCGAAGUCCGGAAUGUUUUGGGAAGCGAGUUGGCAUCUGUGAGAGCGGACAUAAACGCGGUCAGAUCUGAAAUACGGGAGUACAGAGAAUCCGUCACAUCGGAGCUGACGUCGCUCAGCGCCACGGUGAGAGGGAUGGAGGAAAGCCUCUCCACCUGCACAGACGAUGUUACACUGCUGCAGAACGACGUGCACCGCCUUAACGCCAUAGUUGAAAAUCUCCAAAAUAAAUGCGAGGAUCUAGAGGCAAGAUCACGGAGAAACAACAUCCGACUGGUGGGCGUACCGGAGGACAAGAUCUGCUCUACAGCUUCCAUUGCAGCGCUGCUUCAACAGGCUUUCAGUUUGAAAGAGGCGCCACGGCUGGACCGGGCGCACCGCGCUCUCUUCCCGGCUCCGGGGCGGGGGAAGCCGCCGCGCGUCAUCGUGGCCCGCUGUCAUUACUUCCAGGAUUGUGCAAACAUCCUUCGCCUCGCACGGGAAAAACAGCAGAUCAAAAUGGAUGCCUGUAAUGAUCUAGUGGCCUUAGGCAGAGACAGGAAACCCAACGCUUUGGUCCAGGUGGCUGUCAUAGAUCCCCACAAGCAGCACCUUGUGUCUCAUGCCUGCACAGAGAUAGUGGAGGCAAACAAAGACCCGUUAUUUCUGACUGGAGUGACCUUCCCUUCAGGGUAUCCAGAGACAUUGGUCAAGCUAAUGGUGUAUGAUGUGAAGGACAAGAACCAGGAAUCUGGCAGCUUGCUGGGUAGUGCCACAUUUUCAGUUGGAGAUCUGCUGAGAACUAAAGAUGAACAACUGACCUUAAAUCUCAGGUCAUCUGAUGGUGUGUGCACAGCAGGAACCGUGGUGGUGAGUCGUCUGAAGAUGGGGGAGAUGGAGGGAGUCGAGGUGGACCACAUCGCUACCAACACGCCCUCACACAGGUGUCCCUUAGUUUGUGAGCCUGCGCAUCAUUGUUGCAUCGACCAAGAAGAAACCCUGCUGACUGGGCCAGUGUUCAGGAAUCCAAUAUGCAAGGUGUACACAUUCCAGACUUCAAACAGCAAGAGGAUGAUAGUGCGGGAACAAAUGGAGGAGUGCACUUUGUCAUUCAGUAUCCCCAAGCAGCUGUUGUCCCUGUACAUUCAGGAAGACAUAAGCAGGGUGCAGGAUCUGACGGAGCUUGGCGAACUCUCCCCUCAUUGGGACAACUUAAGGAAGGAGGUGAUUACUCGGUAUGGAGGAAUAAUCGGCUCUUACCAGGCGACGUUGGCUGAACUGAACAAGAUUACUGGUUGUUCAUUCAAGCCCAGUUGCUGCAAAGCCCAGAAGUCUUUGGAGUUCAUCCCAAUAAACUUGCACACGCAGAGGAUGAGGGUUUCAUGCCUCAAGAAAACAGAUGCAUUCUAUGACAUUGUCACUGUUGGUGCUCCAGCAGCCCACUUCCAGGGUUUUAAGAGUGGUGGUCUACAGCGUUUGCUUAGCAGAUAUGAAGCAGAAAAGAAAAGCUUCAGCACUGCCUGCCAGUGUAUUUACUACUCCCCAGAGCACACAGCCAAAGCUCAGGAGGUGCUCAGCAUCACGAGUCUCCUCCAGCCCCUCAUCACAAGCUUAGCUGACCAGCUCCUCCAGGCUGCCCAAGAGCACUCCUCCCCUGGACUGAGAGAUGCACUCAAAAGCCUUUCUGACAAGACGGAACAAUUUGUUCACACACUUAAGGAUGAAUUGGUCAAGAGUGCUCUGCUGGCGCUGCACGCGGCCCGGCCAGGAUACGUUUCCAAGUCCCAGAAGCAAACUGCGGUGCAAGGCCAUCAUCAAGGCCACAUCAGCACAGACAGUGAGCAGAAUCAGAUCCCAGUCCAGGGACUGUCGGGCCAGAGUCCAGCCACACCCGAACCCACAGUGAUGUGCAACAAUGUGGAAGGAUGUCCAAGCCCGACCGGGGAUGAAGCUGAGCUUGUCAAAGUGAAAAACCAUGACAGCAUACCACACCAUAAAGAGUACGAUGAAGAGGAAUGGGACAGAGUUUGGGCUAAUGUGGCCAAAUGUCUCAACUGUGUGAUUGCAAUGGUGGACAAACUCCAGGAGGAAGACGACAGCAAACAGGAGUCAGCCCCUGAACAGCAGCUGGCUGACGUCAUCACCUCACACACACCUGGUGACUGGAAGGAGCAGUUGUAUCCAGUGGUGACCAGGUUGAAGGAGUGUGUAAAAGAGGUGGUGGAGAAGGCAAGGAAAGCUAUGACCUUCGUGCUCCUGCAGGAGGCAGUGUGCAGCUUACCGCAAGGCUUCGCCCUCCAGCAGAGAAGAGAUAUAGUCUUCAGUCAGGCGCUGGCAGCCUUGGCCUGUGGUUUUGUCAUGAGGUUGUAUGCGGGGAUGCAGGACAAAGGCUUUCUGAAGCAACUUCACCUUGUUGGCCUAGUUGCACAGUUUGAGAGUCUGCUCAGCACAUACAGUGAGGAGAUUGGGAUGCUUGAAGACAUGGAGGUUGGAAUUUCAGAUCUCCACAAAGUCAUGUUCAAGAUCACAGAGGCCAAAACAGAAGACCCGAGUGACCUUCAGCCUUUCCUGUGUGGCGGGCGAGACCAUUUCACUGUCGAAGUGCCAUUACCACAGCCGAUUUUCCAAACUCUGCCAGAGGAGAUCAAGAACGGCAGACCUCUGCGAGUGUUCCCGGUCCUGUUUAAUGUGGGCAUCAACGAACAACAAACUAUAGCCGAGAGGUUUGGCGAUAUCUCUCUACAAGAAAGAAUAAACCAGAAGAACUUUGAGAUAUUAGACGCCUAUUAUAAAUUAUUAAGUGAAAAGGUGCCACUAGAAUGUUUGCCAUGUUUUCAGGCACAGACUGACAUAAAGGAGUUACUUGAAACCCUGGGCCAGAAUGUAGUUACAAAGAAGAGAAAGAAUGUGGAAAUUCUCUGGAUUGCUGGAGCUAUCUGCCGAAGGUUAAAUGGUAUCAGGUUUACCAGCUGUAAAAGUGCCAAAGACCGAACAUCCAUGUCUGUCACACUAGAGCAGUGCGCCCUGCUGCGGGACGAACACCAGCUCAGCAAAGACUUCUUCGUUCGAGCUCUGGACUGUAUGCGGAGAGAAGGAUGCCGGAUUGAGAACGUUCAAAAGAAUAUUAGAUGCAGGAAAUAUGCCUUCAACAUGUUGCAGCUGAUGGCUUUCCCCAAGUGCUACCGACCACCGGAUGGGACUUAUGGCAAAGCUGAUUCUUAAAGACCAAACUACCCCUUUUGUGAGGUACAAAUAAAGAGGAAAAUAUAACGGCUCCAAAAUACAUAGGAUAUGUUCAGUCUAGUAGAAGAACAACUACCAUGCAGUCCUUCAACAUUGUGUUUUUAUUCUGUCUUCUUAAACAUAAAUGACUUUGCUGAGCUACUCAUAAAGUGAAUGCACUUUUUUCACAUUCAUUUGGCCAUGUGCAUGCAAUUUUGUGUAAUUUAAUGUUUAAAAGUAGUAUAUGUGUAAAAGCAAAAGUUUUUAUUUCUAUCAUUUUGACUGAACAAUAUGCAGGAAAAAGUGUAUGCAUUGGUUAUGUGUGUGCGCAAACCUUGAUGACAAAACACAGUGGUACUGUGGGCAGAGCAUAGCUGUAGCUAAAGAGUGUGUGGUAAGUGUGUGUUUGCACUAGGUGUAGUUUGCAAAACUGUGUAUGAUCGGUGAAAGACCUCAAGUGUAUCUUUUAAGGCAGAGUAGCUUUCAUUUGUAUACAAAAUAAUGUUUUGCUCUAUCAUUUUGUAUGGUUUUUAAAUUAAUAAAGCCCUGUUUGUGUCAUUA